AUGCAGCGUCCUGUUUUGUGUGCGCUCACAACGAUAUGCAUUUCACAGAUCACGAGUGCGAUACAUGUGCCUCGAGAUCUUGGCCAGAGAUACCCAAACGGCUCGACUACAGCCGGUUUGGAUCAGGAAGGACCCGGCUCAGGUGUUCACGCUGUCUCUAGUCUGCAACCCACAUGUCAAUCUGGAGUGGCCACUUCCGCAAACGACAAUGCUACUGCAGGAGAGCCAUGCUGGUCGGACUGGAGCGCCUACUGGUCCAUGAGCACACAUCUGAAGUCUGUGUACACCACUUUCACUACGACAAGGACAAUCAGAUCUCACCAGGACUUCCUUGGGUAUACUACUGCUGAGGUGGUGACUACGAAUACCGCUGGCAACGGCAAUUUCGCAACACGCACUUACGUAGACACUUUGUCUACGGAGUGGGCGUUCUACACAACAGAGCCGACAUCAACGGUUGCCACCGAGACCUAUACUUCUCGAAUCUCGUCCAACAUCACAGCACCAUCUUGCGCUUUGCCGACAUACGUGCCACAAUGUCAAGCCUCGUGGUCUCAAUACGCCACGGGUGCGUACGAGGACGGGCUACCAGAGCCACCAUGCACGCAGGCGAGCAUAUCCGGAGCUCUGUGUUCCACCUAUGUAUCAACGUGGCUCGAAGUCCAGACCGCUGAGAUGGGCGAGAUAGAAGGCAAAGUUGGCAUGCAGCUGACAGUGGAGCCGGUCACGUUCAUUGCCAAUGGAACCCAACCUACGACCACAACUACCAGUAGUUACUACUGGCCAACAUCGAGUACAGUUGCGCCUGGCUGUUCGGUGGGGUGUCAAUCCUGCCGCGUCAGUGGAAGCAGAGUGAAGCUACUCCACUGGCCGCCAGAGCCUACAGGAUGGCACAAUGGCACAUUCUUCGCAUCAUCAACUCAGCUUCCCAAUGCUACGUUGACAGCUCCGGCAACGCUUGUCACAGAAGGCGUAACGCUCACGAGUCCCACGGUAUACAUAUCCUUCGAUCGUCUGCACGCCUCGAACUCCUGCGAUGUCAUUGGCAAGACUUUGUCGAACAUCAUCGUUGCGAUCACAAAUUCUGCUACUUUGUCAAGCUUGUACGGCUGGGAUCGCUACAGAGGUCUACAGCAAACGGCAUCAUUCAACUUCACCGACCUCUACGUGAUACCUGUACCGAGCAGCAUCUACCAAAGCCAGCCACGAUGCGCCUCCUCGUCGAUCAACAUGUGGUACUACAGCUGUCUACCGCAUCUAUCACAGGCUUCUGAGGCGUGUGCUUCUGUCCGUACGAGCGGCUACGACUGUCCAAGGACGUUGCCAUACGAACCGGUGUUGGCUCUUCCUGCUGAAGUUCGUGAUCUGCAGCCCGAAUGGUCUGAUUGUAUUGGGGGUGUCAUCGGGGUGUAUGAUCCACCGAUGGCAUUGCAAGCGGCCACUGCCGUGAUCAAGCCAACUGCUCCUGGAGAUGGGUCUGAGGCGUCGCAGCAAGCGCCAUCGAUUGCCAUGCCCACGGUCGCUACAAACACAGGCGUCGAAACUACUAAGAUUACUUCCAUGGCAUCGGCGACGCCUGCAACACCGGCAUCCUCGGUUAUAGGCUUCGCAGCUCCCACUCAGGCGUUCCAGACAACCACGUCUGCAGUAGCAUCGUCCACCACACCAAACGCAGGACCAGCUGACGGGCAUGAUGAUGCGCCAGCCGGUGAUGUAGAGACCGCACCGGGGUCGUCGGUGAACAUCGAGGCACCAAUAAGCACCGAGCAAGAGCAGAGCUUACAAAGUCAGUCCAAGUUGUCGCCUACCGAUGCUCUAGGCGUCUUGACGCAAGCUUUGACCAAGAGCACAAGUGAUGUCGUGGACACUGGAGCAUCGCCCACUGCCGUGCAGUCAGGUGCCUUUCCGUCCAUCUUUACGAGUAGCGCAGACGGUGAUGUUGGAGCUCACACGCCAAGUGCUACUGUGCUCAGCGGUCCAGCUUUCACACUGGGCGUACCACACGAACCGUCUGACACCGCAUCCUUCGCGUACGAUCCCGCGAGUAGCGCGUUCUUCACGGCAGAUGCCCAUUCGCAUACCGUGAUACAGGUCGGGACCAGUAUUAUCGUGCUUGACCCCAGCACAACCGCCAUCCUGCAGGCAGGCCAGCCAACUAGCAUUAACAGCAAGCCCAUGUCAGUCGGUCCAGAAGGCAUGAUUUAUGGCAGCACGACCAUCUCUCUCGCUACGCCCGUUACUAUAGGAUCUGCUGCUAUGGUGAUCACAGCUGGUGGCGGAACAUAUACUUUGGCCACUGGACUCGGGGGUAUCGUGGUCCAGGGCAAUAGCAACGCAGCGACUUUGUCUGGGAGUGGUACAAAGACCAUCGAUGGCCAAGCCUUUGCAGUCGGGGAAGAUGGUCAUAUCGUUGUGGACGGCACGUCUUAUACAGUACCGCACACUUCGAUUAUUGCCGACAAAUCCCCUGGCGUCGAUCCGGGCAGCGAGAUGACCUUACCUUUAGCAAGCACUACCUUGAUCAUCCAAGGUGGUUCGCAGACGGCGGUCGAGGGUACCACGUACAGCGUUCGGAGUGGCGGAGGCGCUGUGAUCGUUCAUGGCAACAGCACGACUUUGACAGUGGAUGCUGUUCAAAGCUCGACGCAGUCGCUUCCUUUGGUCGUGACUGCCUUGGCAACAUCAAGCGUAGCCCCGGUCGCUACUUCAGUAGAUGGCCCGCCAUAUGCUUCGAGCACUGCAGCUUCAACAGCGGAUAGUGGUGGGAAACAAGCUCGAUGGUGGUUGAGUAGUCUUCCGUUCGUGCUGGCCUGUGGAUUCUCGGCCGAGGUGUUUUUGGCUGCACCAGAACCUUUGGUGCUUGGAGCUGCAUCUCCAGGCAACGCCAUGACUUUACCAUUCGCGCGUACAGCGCAACUUGCAUCGCUACGCUGCCUAAACACUGCCGCAAGGCCGGCAGUUCGAUUACCGCGUCCAUGUAUCGUCGCGAAAUGGCUGCAAUGCCGUGGCCUGAGCACAACUCCGCUGGUCAGACAGGAGACUGUUCCUCUUCGAAGACACCUGAAGGAUGAAGCCAAGAGGAAGAAGGCAGAGGCCAAAAGCAAUGUCAACGCGACGAAGAAGAGCAAGCUAAACCCACGGCUGGAGAAGUGGGAGCUUACAGUUGGUGUCGAGAUUCACGCCGAGCUGAACACGGCCUGCAAGCUAUUCUCCAGCGCCCCAGCGUCGAUUGGCGAUGGCGAAGGAGCAGCCAACAGUAGAGUCGCUCUGUUCGAUGCAGCCACACCGGGUACACAACCGCAAUUUCAACACGCAACCCUCCUGCCAGCUCUACGCGCAGCCAUAGCAUUGGGAUGUGAAGUGCAACGAAAGAGUGGUUGGGAUAGAAAGCAUUACUUCCACUGGGAUCAGCCGAACGGAUAUCAGAUCACACAGUACUACGAACCAUUCGCCAAGGAUGGCACUCUCACAUUGACCGCAUCCGACGGGGUGCCAGCCUCUGACCUCAACGGUGCAGACUCGCUCAAGAUCGGCAUUAAGCAGAUUCAGAUGGAGCAGGACACCGCCAAGACGACGACCCAUGGCGUCUCGACCUACCAUAUCGACUUCAAUCGCGCCGGCCACCCACUCAUCGAAGUCAUUACCCUCCCACACAUCCACUCUCCGCAGACUGCUGCAGCUGUGGUACGAAAGAUACAGGCUAUCCUGAAGAGCAUCGACGCGUGCGCUGCAGGAAUGGAAUUGGGUGGGCUUAGAGCAGAUGUCAAUGUUUCUGUGCGCGAGCGUGGAACAUCUGGUACUGGGUCGUCAUACAGUGGUGUCAGCGGACUUGGACAACGAACAGAGAUCAAGAACUUGUCGUCGUUCAAAGCGGUUGAGGAUGCCAUCAUCGCUGAGCGAGAUCGGCAGAUCUCUGUCUUGGAGGCUGGCGGUGUAAUCGAAGGGGAAACACGAGGCUGGACGUUGGGAGCGAUCGAGACAACGCGACUUCGAGGCAAGGAAGGAGAGGUGGACUAUCGAUACAUGCCCGAUGCAGAUCUGCCGCCUCUAGUGAUUGGGGAGGAUCUGGUCAAUCAUCUCAGGAUGACGUUGCCAGAACUGCCUGAUGAGACUGUUGAGAGAGUGCAGAAGACUUACGGCCUGAGCGAGAAGGAUGCGAAGACGAUCGUAGCACUGGACGACGGAGACAGGCUUGACUUCCUCGAGGAGACCGUUGAGCUAGUCAUGAGACGACUCGGUACACAAGAUCAUGAAGGUGAGCUGAAGUAUGGCAAGCUGGCUGGCAACUGGGUUCUGCACGAGAUUGGUGGACUACUCACGCCUUCAGGCCGCACGUGGGAGCAGAUGUCUGUAACGCCUCUGGAGCUGUCUGAGCUACUACUCAACCUGCUGUCAAAGCAGAUCACAGCCCGUACCGCGAAGCAGCUCCUGGUCGCCAUGCAUGAGAACCUCAGAGCUAUUGGUCGCGAGAGUGUGGAGCAGCUCAUCGAUGAUGGCAACUUACGACUGAGGCCAUUGUCCGAAGACGGGUAUAUCGCGCUGGCACAGCAGAUCAUGGACGAGAGUCCUGACAUGGUUGCUGCCGUGCGUGAAAAGGGACAGAAGGGCAAGAUCAUGUGGUUCGUGGGGCAGAUGGUCAGACGAGGUGACGAAGGCACCGUCGAGCCAGAGAAAUCCAAAGAAGUAAUCGAGAAGCUGCUCGAGCCGUGA